GCAGGCUGCUGUAGUCGGAGAGAUGGUCGGUCGGCCGGUGCUGAAUGAGGAUGCAAACCUUUAACGGAGACUGUAGGAAAUAAACCAAUGAACGCGUGACAACGGGACGCUGUGGAGAAGCGUACUCGCAGACAAGUAGGGUCAUGGUGUGCGAGAUUUUUAUGUUUUCUGUGAGAAAUCUGAGAAGAUAGAGGAUUUGUUGUUAGUUCAGAAGGAGAACGUUAAGCGCUUAGAAUAAGGUGCUGAAGAUUUUGGAAAAGACUGAGACAAUUUUUGCUUUUACUAUUACGCUGAAUGGACUUUUGAAUUACUGUCUUGCUGUCUCUGGUCAGCCAAAGGUCCGAGGAUGUCUCCACUCUUCGCGGAACCUGCAUUUAGCCCGCAAACCAGCCACUGACUGACUUUUUACGCACGGAGAAAGCUCGGUUCUCACACACUUUGUUUUCGUGUUUUUCUGGAUGAACAUUGCAAUACAUUUUCAAUGAUUCGAGAUCUGAGCAAGAUGUACCCCCCGGCGCGGCAUCCGGUCCCUCAUCAGCCGGGACAGCCGUUCAAGUUCACUGUCACCGAGUCCUGCGACCGGAUCAAGGAGGAGUUCCAGUUCCUGCAGGCGCAGUAUCACAGUCUGAAAUUGGAAUGUGAGAAACUGGCCAGUGAGAAAACUGAGAUGCAGAGGCACUAUGUCAUGUACUACGAAAUGUCAUACGGGCUGAACAUCGAGAUGCACAAGCAGGCGGAGAUCGUUAAACGGCUGAACGCAAUCUGCGCCCAAGUCAUCCCCUUCCUCUCUCAAGAGCAUCAGCAGCAGGUGGUGCAGGCAGUAGAGAGGGCCAAGCAGGUCACCAUGGCUGAACUCAACGCCAUCAUAGGACAGCAGCAACUCCAGGCUCAGCACCUCUCUCAUGGCCAUGCCAUCCCUGUCCCGCUAACACCCCACCCAGCGGGCCUUCAGCCCCCUCUGCCUCCUGGGGCCAGUACUGCCAGCCUGCUGGCUCUGUCCUCUGCCCUGAGUCACCAGCUGCCACUCAAAGAUGAGAGGAAGCAUCACGAUAACAACAGCGAACACACACGAGACAGAGACUCAGUCAAGAGCUCAUCUGUCUCUCCAUCAGCCAAUUUUCGAACUGGAGAGAAGCAUCGAAGUUCAAGCGAUUAUUCCUCUGACAGCAAAAAACAGAAGACAGAUGAUAAGGAGCUGACCUCCACACGCUAUGAAAGUGAUGGAGAAAAGAGUGAUGACAACUUGGUCGUCGACGUCUCCAACGAGGAUCCAGUGUCUCCCCGAGGAAGUCCUGCACACUCUCCUCGGGAGAAUGGGUUGGACAAAAGUCGCCUGUUGAAGAAAGACCCACCACUGAGUCCUUCCUCAAUUGCUUCCUCCAGCAGCACACCUUCCUCCAAGUCUAAAGAUAUUAAUUUGAAUGAGAAGUCGACAACUCCCGUGUCCAAGUCCAGCACUCCCACAUCCCGCUCUGAAGCCCCCACACCCAGCAGUGCCUCCACCACAGGCCUGAGGUCUGCACCCAGUAAAUCAUCAGGAGUUGAGGCACUGACUCCUGGUCUUCGCACACCCCUGGCAGUGCCCUGCUCGUACCCUGGCCCAUUCGGAAUGGUUCCUCACCCUGGUAUGAAUGGAGAGCUGAGUGGAACAGGAGCAGCCUACACUGGCUUGCAUAACAUUUCCCCACAGAUGAGUGCAGUGGCCGCGGCCGCUGUGGCAGCCUACGGACGCACACAAGUGGUAGGAUUUGAUCCUCACCACCACAUACGUGUUCCUGGACUUCCUCCUAACCUGUCGGGCAUUCCUGGUGGAAAACCAGCUUAUUCCUUUCAUGUGAGCGCUGACGGACAAAUGCAGCCUGUGCCUUUUCCUCCGGAUGCACUGAUCGGCCCUGGCAUCCCGCGCCACGCUAGACAGAUCAAUACUCUCACCCACGGGGAGGUGGUGUGUGCCGUUACCAUCAGUAACCCUACACGUCACGUUUAUACCGGCGGCAAGGGCUGUGUCAAGGUGUGGGAUAUCAGUCACCCGGGCAACAAGACCCCUGUUUCCCAGCUGGACUGCCUUAACAGGGAUAACUACAUUCGAUCCUGUCGGCUACUUCCUGAUGGACGAACUCUUAUCGUUGGGGGAGAAGCGAGUACUUUAUCAAUCUGGGAUUUGGCUACACCGACUCCUCGGAUCAAAGCGGAAUUAACUUCGUCUGCACCUGCAUGUUAUGCUCUGGCCAUCAGCCCGGAUUCCAAAGUCUGCUUUUCCUGCUGCUCUGAUGGAAACAUUGCCGUCUGGGAUCUUCACAACCAGACUCUGGUUAGGCAGUUCCAGGGCCACACAGAUGGAGCCAGCUGUAUAGACAUUUCUAAUGAUGGGACCAAGCUUUGGACCGGAGGUCUGGAUAACACUGUCCGGUCCUGGGACCUGAGAGAGGGACGCCAGCUGCAACAGCACGACUUCACCUCUCAGAUCUUCUCACUGGGAUACUGUCCAACGGGAGAGUGGCUGGCAGUUGGGAUGGAGAACAGUAAUGUGGAGGUGUUGCAUGUCACCAAACCUGACAAAUACCAGCUCCACCUGCAUGAAAGCUGUGUGCUGUCACUCAGAUUUGCGCACUGUGGGAAGUGGUUUGUAAGUACAGGAAAAGACAAUCUGCUAAAUGCAUGGAGAACCCCAUAUGGAGCCAGCAUAUUCCAGUCAAAAGAAUCAUCCUCUGUGCUGAGCUGUGACAUCUCCAUCGAUGAUAAGUACAUUGUGACGGGAUCAGGAGAUAAGAAGGCAACUGUCUAUGAGGUCAUCUACUGAGAGCUGUGCUUGUUAAACAACAAGGCCAUCCUUCCAUCUAACCGUGAGGUCUCCUUCAUCUGUGUACAUUUUUUUAUGUGUAUAGGAUAAACUUAAAAGGAACAAACCAAACAUUUUCUUGGACCAUGACUUCCUGACCUUCUGGCUAGUCGAGGAUCAAAACCAACAAGCGGACCCAAGCACAGCUCCUUUUUUUUUCUUUUAAGUGACUUUGUGUUAUUGUGAGGAUGAGUGAAUGCUGUUGGGCUGUUAACAUUCCUUUAUGUUACCUUUGACUUAAGCCUCUUAUAUCAUUUUUCUUUUUUCAGUGUGUAGACUGUAAAACAAGCGUUACUGUUCACAUACAUACUAAUCUGCCUGUGUACUUUAUACAUACAUGGAGGCUAAAAUGUAUGCAAACUAGGUGGCAGAUCAGAGCCAUAGUGCUUCUGGGCUACUCUGGAAUAUCAACAGCCAACCUGCACACAACUAAUGCUGAUGGUGUAAAUAAAGGGGCAACGCUAAUAAUAGCAACAAUUUAGUUACUUUUUUGCCAUUUAUAUUGCCAUGUGUUUUGAGUCUGCAGCUGAGCUUUCUUCACAUUUUGACAUCCCCUCAUUAUUUCUGUGCUUAACUGCAUCCUGCAGAUGUGUCGCCUUAAUUGUGACGAUGGCACAUUCAUCCAAAGGGUGCAGGACACACAUAAAUAUAGCACUUGCGCACAUGUAAAUGGGUUUUUCAAGCAAAUAUAUCAGAGGCUCCAUUUUUUUAAAGUAUCGAUAUUAUUUUGUGAGGCAGUAUAUUCAUCUUUAAUUUGUUAGUUAUGGCUUGAAUUCAUGUACAGUGUGUUAUUUCAUCAUACUGAUUUUUCCUUCUU